AAUAAUUCGUUCGUAUCAGUGGUUAAAACAUUUUAUAUGUGCAAAAUAUAUUGUACUGAAGUGUUGUGAAAUUGUAUUUUAUUUUAGAAUGAUAUUAAUUUCAUAUAAACAUAAUAUAGUUAGUAUACUAGUACUUGUUAUUGCAGUACAAACAGAUACUCAACAAAUUUUGAAUAAUAAUGAAUUAUCCUCGUCUCAUUCAAAUGAACAAGUUACACAAUACCAAUACGAAAGAACCAUUCAAACAGCUACAACUGAAAAUAAUCAAGAUAGUUCUAUAACUACAAAUAUAAAUACUGAAUUUGUACAAAAAUCAUAUUCUAACAGUGAAUUAGAUCUAAAUAACGCUGAUACAAAUGAUUUAAAAUCUGUAGCAAAUAUUGAUAAAAGUUCAAAAAUGAAUAUGUCAACGAAUAAAGAAGCAGAAAUAAUUAAUGAUUACGAAUUAAAUAGUCUUCUUCAAACCACAAAUACAGAGGUAAAUAUUGAAGAAAAUACUGCUAUAAAUGGACUCAAUGGAGGUAAGACCAAUGGACAAGGUUAUGACGCUAAUGGAAAUAUUCCGGUAAAUGACAAUGAUAUUGCCAACAACUAUCAAUCGUCAAACUAUUACAGUUAUAUGCAGUAUACAAUAGACCAAGAGUCUGGAAAUACAGAUCAACCUAAUCAACCAGGAACAAGCGAAGAUGUGGAUAAUCUAAUAAUACAGCGAUCAUUUUCAUCAAUGAAUUUACAAAACACUGCCACAUCGACGGGCACAUUUAGUAACUCGCCUGGCAAUCAACCAGUCACGCCGAAUGGAAACACGGUUGGCACAUCUAGUAGUGUAGGUGCAGGAAUAAAUACACCAACGAAUACGAAUGGAUCACCAUCACCAGGAACUACGACGAAUACUCCAUCCGGACCUACAACGCCUAAUACCCCGAGCCCUAACACUGGCCCUGGCUCUCCAAACAGUAAUCCAAAUGGAGGUAGUUUAAGUCCGGCCACGUCGUCCCCGGGAACGAACGGUUAUCCACCAAAUGUUUCUCCGACCAAUACAAACAUAGAUUUAACAAGCGGUCCAUACGGUAUCGGAAAACCCAAUGGUUUAAACACUUAUCCUUAUAUGCCUAUAACAUAUCCCACAACUGGACCACCAGGAAAUAUGAAAAAUGGUGUUCCAAAUUAUCCUCAACCAACUGGUGCUAAUACUGGAAGUGGUGCACCUAAUAGUAGUCCAAAUGGCGGAACUCCAACUGUACCAACAUCGAGCCCCAAUUCAAAUGGUUCACCUCCUUCCCCUCACGGAGAUUUAACAAGUAAUACCAAUGGACAAGGUUAUGACGCUAAUGGAAAUAUUCCGGUAAAUGACAAUGAUAUUGCCAACAACUACCAAUCGUCAAACUAUUACAGUUAUAUGCAGUAUACAAUAGACCAAGAGUCUGGAAAUACAGAUCAACCUAAUCAACCAGGAACAAGCGAAGAUGUGGAUAAUCUAAUAAUACAGCGAUCAUUUUCAUCAAUGAAUUUACAAAACACUGCCACAUCGACGGGCACAUUUAGUAACUCGCCUGGCAAUCAACCAGUCACGCCGAAUGGAAACACGGUUGGCACAUCUAGUAGUGUAGGUGCAGGAAUAAAUACACCAACGAAUACGAAUGGAUCACCAUCACCAGGAACUACGACGAAUACUCCAUCCGGACCUACAACGCCUAAUACCCCGAGCCCUAACACUGGCCCUGGCUCUCCAAACAGUAAUCCAAAUGGAGGUAGUUUAAGUCCGGCCACGUCGUCCCCGGGAACGAACGGUUAUCCACCAAAUGUUUCUCCGACCAAUACAAACAUAGAUUUAACAAGCGGUCCAUACGGUAUCGGAAAACCCAAUGGUUUAAACACUUAUCCUUAUAUGCCUAUAACAUAUCCCACAACUGGACCACCAGGAAAUAUGAAAAAUGGUGUUCCAAAUUAUCCUCAACCAACUGGUGCUAAUACUGGAAGUGGUGCACCUAAUAGUAGUCCAAAUGGCGGAACUCCAACUGUACCAACAUCGAGCCCCAAUUCAAAUGGUUCACCUCCUUCCCCUCACGGAGAUUUAACAAGUAAUACCAAUGGACAAGGUUAUGACGCUAAUGGAAAUAUUCCGGUAAAUGACAAUGAUAUUGCCAACAACUACCAAUCGUCAAACUAUUACAGUUAUAUGCAGUAUACAAUAGACCAAGAGUCUGGAAAUACAGAUCAACCUAAUCAAUCAGGAACAAGCGAAGAUGUGGAUAAUCUAAUAAUACAGCGAUCAUUUUCAUCAAUGAAUUUACAAAACACUGCCACAUCGACGGGCACAUUUAGUAACUCGCCUGGCAAUCAACCAGUCACGCCGAAUGGAAACACGGUUGGCACAUCUAGUAGUGUAGGUGCAGGAAUAAAUACACCAACGAAUACGAAUGGAUCACCAUCACCAGGAACUACGACGAAUACUCCAUCCGGACCUACAACGCCUAAUACCCCGAGCCCUAACACUGGCCCUAGCUCUCCAAACAGUAAUCCAAAUGGAGGUAGUUUAAGUCCGGCCACGUCGUCUCCGGGAACGAACGGUUAUCCACCAAAUGUUUCUCCGACCAAUACAAACAUAGAUUUAACAAGCGGUCCAUACGGUAUCGGAAAACCCAAUGGUUUAAACACUUAUCCUUAUAUGCCUAUAACAUAUCCCACAACUGGACCACCAGGAAAUAUGAUAAAUGGUGUUCCAAAUUAUCCUCAACCAACUGGUGCUAAUACUGGAAGUGGUGCACCUAAUAGUAGUCCAAAUGGCGGAACUCCAACUGUACCAACAUCGAGCCCCAAUUCAAAUGGUUCACCUCCUUUCCCUCACGGAGAUUUAACAAGUAAUACCAAUGGACAAGGUUAUGACGCUAAUGGAAAUAUUCCGGUAAAUGACAAUGAUAUUGCCAACAACUACCAAUCGUCAAACUAUUACAGUUAUAUGCAGUAUACAAUAGACCAAGAGUCUGGAAAUACAGAUCAACCUAAUCAACCAGGAACAAGCGAAGAUGUGGAUAAUCUAAUAAUACAGCGAUCAUUUUCAUCAAUGAAUUUACAAAACACUGCCACAUCGACGGGCACAUUUAGUAACUCGCCUGGCAAUCAACCAGUCACGCCGAAUGGAAACACGGUUGGCACAUCUAGUAGUGUAGGUGCAGGAAUAAAUACACCAACGAAUACGAAUGGAUCACCAUCACCAGGAACUACGACGAAUACUCCAUCCGGACCUACAACGCCUAAUACCCCGAGCCCUAACACUGGCCCUGGCUCUCCAAACAGUAAUCCAAAUGGAGGUAGUUUAAGUCCGGCCACGUCGUCCCCGGGAACGAACGGUUAUCCACCAAAUGUUUCUCCGACCAAUACAAACAUAGAUUUAACAAGCGGUCCAUACGGUAUCGGAAAACCCAAUGGUUUAAACACUUAUCCUUAUAUGCCUAUAACAUAUCCCACAACUGGACCACCAGGAAAUAUGAAAAAUGGUGUUCCAAAUUAUCCUCAACCAACUGGUGCUAAUACUGGAAGUGGUGCACCUAAUAGUAGUCCAAAUGGCGGAACUCCAACUGUACCAACAUCGAGCCCCAAUUCAAAUGGUUCACCUCCUUCCCCUCACGGAGAUUUAACAAGUAAUACCAAUGGACAAGGUUAUGACGCUAAUGGAAAUAUUCCGGUAAAUGACAAUGAUAUUGCCAACAACUACCAAUCGUCAAACUAUUACAGUUAUAUGCAGUAUACAAUAGACCAAGAGUCUGGAAAUACAGAUCAACCUAAUCAAUCAGGAACAAGCGAAGAUGUGGAUAAUCUAAUAAUACAGCGAUCAUUUUCAUCAAUGAAUUUACAAAACACUGCCACAUCGACGGGCACAUUUAGUAACUCGCCUGGCAAUCAACCAGUCACGCCGAAUGGAAACACGGUUGGCACAUCUAGUAGUGUAGGUGCAGGAAUAAAUACACCAACGAAUACGAAUGGAUCACCAUCACCAGGAACUACGACGAAUACUCCAUCCGGACCUACAACGCCUAAUACCCCGAGCCCUAACACUGGCCCUAGCUCUCCAAACAGUAAUCCAAAUGGAGGUAGUUUAAGUCCGGCCACGUCGUCUCCGGGAACGAACGGUUAUCCACCAAAUGUUUCUCCGACCAAUACAAACAUAGAUUUAACAAGCGGUCCAUACGGUAUCGGAAAACCCAAUGGUUUAAACACUUAUCCUUAUAUGCCUAUAACAUAUCCCACAACUGGACCACCAGGAAAUAUGAUAAAUGGUGUUCCAAAUUAUCCUCAACCAACUGGUGCUAAUACUGGAAGUGGUGCACCUAAUAGUAGUCCAAAUGGCGGAACUCCAACUGUACCAACAUCGAGCCCCAAUUCAAAUGGUUCACCUCCUUUCCCUCACGGAGAUUUAACAAGUAAUACCAAUGGACAAGGUUAUGACGCUAAUGGAAAUAUUCCGGUAAAUGACAAUGAUAUUGCCAACAACUACCAAUCGUCAAACUAUUACAGUUAUAUGCAGUAUACAAUAGACCAAGAGUCUGGAAAUACAGAUCAACCUAAUCAACCAGGAACAAGCGAAGAUGUGGAUAAUCUAAUAAUACAGCGAUCAUUUUCAUCAAUGAAUUUACAAAACACUGCCACAUCGACGGGCACAUUUAGUAACUCGCCUGGCAAUCAACCAGUCACGCCGAAUGGAAACACGGUUGGCACAUCUAGUAGUGUAGGUGCAGGAAUAAAUACACCAACGAAUACGAAUGGAUCACCAUCACCAGGAACUACGACGAAUACUCCAUCCGGACCUACAACGCCUAAUACCCCGAGCCCUAACACUGGCCCUGGCUCUCCAAACAGUAAUCCAAAUGGAGGUAGUUUAAGUCCGGCCACGUCGUCCCCGGGAACGAACGGUUAUCCACCAAAUGUUUCUCCGACCAAUACAAACAUAGAUUUAACAAGCGGUCCAUACGGUAUCGGAAAACCCAAUGGUUUAAACACUUAUCCUUAUAUGCCUAUAACAUAUCCCACAACUGGACCACCAGGAAAUAUGAAAAAUGGUGUUCCAAAUUAUCCUCAACCAACUGGUGCUAAUACUGGAAGUGGUGCACCUAAUAGUAGUCCAAAUGGCGGAACUCCAACUGUACCAACAUCGAGCCCCAAUUCAAAUGGUUCACCUCCUUCCCCUCACGGAGAUUUAACAAGUAAUACCAAUGGACAAGGUUAUGACGCUAAUGGAAAUAUUCCGGUAAAUGACAAUGAUAUUGCCAACAACUACCAAUCGUCAAACUAUUACAGUUAUAUGCAGUAUACAAUAGACCAAGAGUCUGGAAAUACAGAUCAACCUAAUCAAUCAGGAACAAGCGAAGAUGUGGAUAAUCUAAUAAUACAGCGAUCAUUUUCAUCAAUGAAUUUACAAAACACUGCCACAUCGACGGGCACAUUUAGUAACUCGCCUGGCAAUCAACCAGUCACGCCGAAUGGAAACACGGUUGGCACAUCUAGUAGUGUAGGUGCAGGAAUAAAUACACCAACGAAUACGAAUGGAUCACCAUCACCAGGAACUACGACGAAUACUCCAUCCGGACCUACAACGCCUAAUACCCCGAGCCCUAACACUGGCCCUAGCUCUCCAAACAGUAAUCCAAAUGGAGGUAGUUUAAGUCCGGCCACGUCGUCUCCGGGAACGAACGGUUAUCCACCAAAUGUUUCUCCGACCAAUACAAACAUAGAUUUAACAAGCGGUCCAUACGGUAUCGGAAAACCCAAUGGUUUAAACACUUAUCCUUAUAUGCCUAUAACAUAUCCCACAACUGGACCACCAGGAAAUAUGAAAAAUGGUGUUCCAAAUUAUCCUCAACCAACUGGUGCUAAUACUGGAAGUGGUGCACCCAAUAAUAAUCUGAAUGGUGAAAUAUCAAACUCAAUAUCCCCGCCUACUCCAAAUACAGAUAUAAAUCCCAUGCUUAAUGGAGGUAUACCUUCUUUUAAGGGCUAUGAAGAUUCUUAUGGUACACCACAGUCUGGAUAUCAACCUCCUACAGGUCAAAUUCCUGAUAAUUAUGAAUCAUUAAAUUAUAAUUUUGACUAUGAAUUGCAGAAUGUGGAUUUAGAUGAUGUUUUGAAUGAUGGUCAAAUAAAUAUAGAUGGUAGAUAUAUACCUGAUAAUUAUGAUCAAUUAAAUAAUGAUGGAGUUUAUACUCCUGGAUCAAACGACGAUGUUGAAUUUUACAAUAGCUAUUUUUAUGAGGAGAGUUCUGUUAAUUUUGAAAGACAGAAUUCAAAUGGUGAUUAUGACACCCCAAAUUAUGGUAGUAAUGUUGAUGAUUAUUUAGAUAAUAUUAAGUAUGAUGAUGAAAAUCUUCCAGAACCUCUGUAUGAUACAUAUGCAUCUAAUUUAAUUCCUGGGUAUGAAAAUAAUCAAUUGGAGUAUGGUCCACCUUCUAGAGGAUAUUCAUUUAGUGAUAAUGAUGUUGCACCUUAUGACACUGAUAUUUACUCUUAUAAUGGUUUUCCAAUGUCUGAAAUCAAUCCUGAUAUAUAUAAUUAUGAUAACAUGCCAUAUGGUAAUGAUCAAAGCGGAAUUGGAAUCGAUGAUAUAAAUCAUAAUAACAAUGAAUUAAGUGAGAAUGAUUUUAAUAAAUUUCAAAUUACUCAAAUUUCACAAACAACUGACAGUUAUUCGGAUAUGGAUAUGACGUCUGGUACAUAUGACUUUGUUGAUGAUGUUGAUAGCAGUAGAGCAAUUAUGGAUUCUAAUUACAUGGGACAAGUAAUUGAUAACACUAUAUAUAAUGGUGACGAAUAUAUGCAAUCAGCUAAUGUACCAGAAUAUAACCAAUUAAAUACUGGUUAUAGUACAACCUAUUUGAGAAGUUCUUCAAGCACAGGAGCCAAUGUUGAUUUAAAUGCCGCUAAUUUAGAUAAACAGAGUUCUGAUUUAAAUAGUUUGCUAAUUGAAAGUGCUCAAUUAAAUAGGUAUAUGUACGCUGAAAUUGAUACAUCAAAUGUUAAUACUCAAAUAGGAGGGUCAACUCAAGAUGGUUCUAAUGGUAUUCCUAUUAAUACUGUGGAUAGUCGUUUUAAUUCUAUCCAAAAUACAGUUGUAAGUAAAAAUAAUGCAUUAGAUGUUGGUCAAAAUGUGUAUGGUGCUAAUGGACAAGUCAUUGGAAAAAUCUAUAAGCCUUCUGAUGCCACUAGAAAAAAUAAUAAUCGUCAUAAAUAUAGCGGUAGUAGUAGUUAUAGCAGUCACAGUGAUAGUGUGUUCUCUGAUGAUAUUCAUGCAAUUGGAAAUGAUAUUAAACGAGCUGCUCGUGAUGCAAUUGGUAAUGUAUACAAUAAAACAAAGGAUGCCUACGAUAUUACGAAAGCUGUUGGAAAAGCCAUUGGAAAAGCUGUAGGAAAUGUUGCUAGUGAUGCUGCAAAUGGAGUUGAAAAUGCGGCUGACAAAAUUUAUCAAGGGACUAAAGAUGUUGCGGAGGAUAUAGGAAAUGCUGCUAGUACAGCUGCAGAUGAUGUUAAACAAACAGCCAAUAACGCGUAUCAGGACACAAAGGAUGUUGCGAAUGGCAUGGGAGAUGUAGCUAGUGAAGCUGGAGACGGUAUUAAACAGACGGCAAAUAACGCUUAUCAAGGUACUAAGGAUGUUUUGAAUAGCGUGUGAAAUGCUACUGCAUACACUGGGGAUCGCAUUAUUUAUACCUAAAAAAUAAUUUUCGUUUGGAAAAUGAUAAAAAUAUAAUGCUUAUAACUGAUUUAAAAGUAUUUUAAACAUUGUACAAACAAAAAAAGAUGUCUAUUCAAUUUAGUAGUAAAUAUAUAUAUGCAUUUUCUUAUAUUAACUAUACAAGCUAUUAUAAUAGAUACUCAAACUGAAAAUUUUUUAAUUGUUAAUCAUGCAGUAUGAUAUGUUAUAGUUUAAGUUUAUUAUUUUUAUAAAAUGUAAAAAUAAUAUUUUUUCAUAUAAAUUAACGAAACUUUAUAUGAUUCCUAAAUUAAGCAAUUAAAAUAUUUAACUGAACAUUUAUUUUUAUCUUUAAAUCUGAUUAGUUUUAUUGAUAAAAUAUUAAACAUCAAAAUCAAAUUCAUGAAUUUUUGCAGUGAUGGAAUAUGGAUGGCUGAGAUUAAUAAUAUUGCCUAUCUUAGGAAUGAAUAUUUUAUUUAUGUAUAUCGUAUAUGAGAUAAGAGCAUAUUAAUUUGAUAUUAUAAAUUAGAAACGUAUACAGUUUAAUUAAUAAAUCUCUAAAUUAUAUCUUAAAGGAACACAGAUCAUUCAGGUCCAUUUCCCUAGUAUCUCUUCUUUCCUUGGAUGUAUGGACUCAAAUUGGAAGCUUUUUUAUAUUGGUAUGUGCUCAAUUUCACCUUUUUUCCGUUUGUGCAGAAAUUUCUAUGAUUAACUAAUUAUUAUUAUUAUUUUAUCGGCAUAAUAUAAAAUAAUAAUUCACUCCACUUCAAUAUUAUCCAUUCUAUAGGACCGAGUGAUUCAUGGCCUGCACCUUUUUUUGACAUUGAUGCUCUAUUACUUUCAUAUUUUAUCUGGAUAAAUUUAGUCAAGUUCUGUUCCGAGAGUUUUAAAUAAAAACGGUGCGGGGUAUGAAUUCCUAUGUAUCACUAUGCAGAUAAAAACGAUUCAUAUGUACACUAGUUAUUUUUUGUUUUUUUUUUUUAGAUUGAAAUAACUUAUUACUUAGAAUUUAUUUAUAAAUUUAUGUAGAUAAUCAUAGUAAUACAAUAAAAUGAAAAAAAAAAUCACA